CCGGAGCGGCGCGGAGCGGAGCGGGGGGCCCAUGAGCGGCGAUGGCAGCGGCUAUCGCCAGCUCGUUGAUCCGGCAGAAGCGGCAGGCGAGGGAGUCCAACAGCGACCGGGUGUCCGCCUCCAAGCGCCGCUCCAGCCCCAGCAAGGACGGACGCUCCCUCUGCGAGAGGCACGUUCUGGGGGUCUUCAGCAAAGUGCGCUUCUGCAGCGGCAGGAAAAGGCCGGUGAGGAGGAGACCGGAACCCCAGCUGAAAGGAAUUGUGACAAGGUUAUUCAGCCAGCAGGAAUACUUCCUGCAGAUGCACCCAGAUGGUACAAUUGAUGGGACCAAGGACGAAAACAGUGACUACACCCUUUUCAAUUUAAUUCCUGUGGGUCUUCGUGUGGUGGCAAUCCAAGGGGUGAAGGCAGGUCUGUACGUUGCCAUGAACGCUGAGGGAUAUCUCUACAGCUCAGAUGUUUUCACACCAGAGUGCAAAUUUAAGGAAUCUGUCUUUGAAAACUACUACGUUAUUUAUUCUUCCACGCUGUACCGGCAGCAGGAAUCCGGCCGAGCGUGGUUCCUGGGACUCAAUAAAGAAGGUCAAAUCAUGAAGGGAAACCGAGUGAAAAAAACCAAACCCUCAUCACAUUUUGUACCCAAACCUAUUGAAGUGUGCAUGUACAGAGAGCCAUCGCUGCAUGAAAUUGGAGAAAAACAAGGACGCUCAAGAAAAAGUUCAGGGACACCAACCAUGAAUGGAGGCAAAGUUGUUAACCAAGACUCGACAUAGCUGACAAAUACCCUCCCUUCUUCUAACUCCUCCCCUCCCACCCACCUAUCCACCCCACCUGGCGAAACCACACUGAGACGACAACAACUGAGCAAGGCAGGACCUGCUGGUAGUGGCUAGGAGUCUGAACUCCAGAAUCUUUCUCUGUGUAGGAUGAGGAAAUGGAACCCCAGAUCCUGCCUGUUGCAACGUUUUAAAACAACAACAACAAAAGUGAAGAAAAAAUGUUUUAAAUCAGGACUCCAUUAACAUUUUCAAAAGCAAACUGUUUGCUCUGUGAUCAAAGGGGGAAAAGAAAUCUCAUCUCUGCAUAAUAAUAAUAACAACAACAACAACUAAUAAAUAUAAUAAUAAUAAAGAUGUUACCUUUAAAAAUAAAACAAAGCUUUUGGAAAA